AUGCGGAAUCUCGGCGACUUGUGGUUCUACGCGCGUCAGGCCGGCGAGGGCGAGCUUAAUUGGCUCAUGGCAAAGCCCCAGCCACAGGGCGUUCUCCUUGCGAAACCUUCCAUUUCCCAAUUGGAAGUGCGGGCAAUUUUCCACGAAGAGAUGCGCAGCAUCAGACAUGUCUCGCAGGCGAACAGCUGGGAACAGCUCAGCCCGAAUGGCACGGCGCCAUCCGCACGCGUUGCCCACACUGCGGUGUGGAGUCCGGAGGCGGACGGAUUCUACGCGUUCGGUGGGACUGACAGCCCGGGCCCUGAGAGCACAUCAGGCAACUAUUGUCCCUGCAACAAUCUCGGCGAGUUGUGGUUCUAUGCGCGUCAGGCGAAGCCACGACUCGCUAUGUGGAUCAGCAUGCAAGGGUCGCAGCUGACGUCGCUCCUGCCUACGGACGUCAGUCACUGGUGGCCAAGCAUUGAGGACGUAUUCACAUCCUCAGCAGUGCGCAGCUUGAGCUCUGACAUGAUGGCCGCAUUCUGCAAUUCCAACGAAUUCGGGUUCUUGUCGCUGGACGCCACCAUCAAGUGCUGCAUGAGCGUCAUGGGACAGGAGUCCUAUAUACCGUGCCUCAAGCACAAAAGGGAUGCAGCGCCGUUCGAUGAUAAUGACUCGCUCAGGCGAGUUUUGACCGUGCGAGGGCGUACUGGUGCUGUUUUGGCCAUGAUUCCGGUGUCUUCGGAGAAGGCAGAAGAGGUAACUAUGGCCCUCGGCCAGGCGUUGCCUGCAGCAGGACUGCAGCAGGUGCAAUGCACUCCGUCGGACGCCGCCUCUCUCAAGCUCUUCACCCAACUGCGGCGGAUCAUGCCAGGUGUAGAGCUGCGUGAUCAAGACAGGUACGCCACCUGGCGCAAGAAAACUGCAGGUGCAGUUUUUCUGCGCCGAGUCAUGAGCAAGUUCAACGGAGUGAGCGUGUCACUUCCUGCGGAUCACUGGGGAAAUUUCCACAAGGGCUACAAUACUGGCGGAUUGAGCCGAAGGGUGCUGGCUCUGCUGCCGUCAGGGACUUCGUCGAACGAGGCUCUACACUCUGAGGUGAAGAACUGGUUCGCGGAAACACAGCAGAUCCAUCAGAGCACCCUUCGUAUGAAGCUUCUGAUCUUGACCCUUGGCAAACAAAUCCCGCACUUUCAUGCUAUGGCUAACCCGACUAUAAGCCAGUGCUCGAGCCGCAUCCUUAUGGCACGGACUAUAACGAACUCGCUUUGGACGGAGCUCACGUGGCAAACCUGGUGCGCCGAGCUGAGCAGUGAGUGUCGGGUACAGAAGGCCUCGCUGCCUUACAUCGAAUCACGGGCAGAAGAGGUAUCCAAGGUACGCGAAUUUACCAAGAAGCGCCCAGCCGCUGCUCGCAAGUCUCACACAAAGCGAACCCCAUUCACGCUUGAGCGUGUUUCUAAGCUGCGCACACAGGGUGUGCGCAAGCGGAAACAGUGA